CUUAAACUACAACCCUGACACACUGGCGACUAUUCACCUCUAUUAUGGGACUGGAAAUGCCGCAGUAAACACUUGCACAGCCCACAUCAGUAAUGCUGUAGGCCUUGAAGCAUCUACUCCAAUACGUGUAAUUAGACAAUUUUUGACGACAAAUGCCGCACAGUCACCGAAGGAAAUCAUAUCAAAGGCUCUAUCACGGCUGAUAGCUGAAAGGCUUGGGACUUAAAAAUAUUUUCUAGAGAAAACUGACAUAAUAUUUGUAGGUGGUAAAGGCAGAGCUGGAGUUGUGAGGCCUGCCUCCUUGGCUGGAACAUCGACAAACCUUGCUUGGUUGAGUACAGUGCCAUAUUGAUCUGGACCAGGGAGAUAGAUAGUCUCUGUUUUAUCGUCACUAGUCACCAGCUAACUACUGCCGAGGUUGUUUGUCUCAUUAAUUAUUCAGUAAUGUAUGUUUUCACGUGCACUUUCAUUCUAAAUUGGACCGCUGUCACCGUGGCUCAACUGGAAUGCUGGAGUCCGUGUUGAGAGUGAUUACGUACAUCCAAGUGACACACGGCCAUUUGUAUCAUUAUUACUAAAGUUUCGCCACCAGUGAUACAUAUUUUGUUUCCCAAUAUCAGUAUGGAUUUAGUAUGAGGAGUCAGUCUGGUAGAAGGGAGCUUACAGAUCUGUUUGAAUGUGCUUGUGUUUUUCUGCAAUUCAUUGGUUUUGAAUGGGACUGUGAUACACAAUGGGGAACAAGUUACGGAAGCUCCGAGCCGAGUUCCACCUGGAUAAUCCUAUCACGGGAGGCAGUUACAAAAAGAAAGACACCGAGGAUGAGGUAGCCCCGGGACCAACAAACGAACCAGAACAGGGAGCAGGGCCAACCAGUGAAGCUAAGAAAGAAGGCCCAGAACAGGGAGCAGGGCCAACCAGUGAAGCUAAGAGAGAAGGCCCAGAACAGGGAGCAGGGCCAACCACUGAAGCUAAGAGAGAAGGCCCAGAACAGGGAGCAGGGCCAACCAGUGAAGCUAAGAGAGAAGGGCCAGAACAGGGAGCAGGGCCAACCACUGAAGCUAAGAGAAAAGCGCCAGAAGAACAGGGGUCUGAACCAACAGACGUGAAAUGGUCAGGUACAGUCGCUGCGUCCUGUCCGUCUGCUGCCGAACCGACAGACGCCACACAGACAGAUUCCACUAUGAAGACGUGUUCUCUCACUGAAACUCAGCCAAUUGAUAAUAAACAAGAGGAACCUCAGUCUGUCAGUGAAACAAAGAUUGAAACGGACAAAACUGAGCCAGUAUCUAAUUGUAAAAUUGUGAUUGAACCUUGCAAUCCUGAACCAGAUAGUUGUCCAGAAGAAAGUGUGGAAGAGACUGGGUGUACUGAACAAAAGUCAGAUUCUAAAGCUUCGUCGGAACUACCUGUGAAAAACCUCAAAAAGGAACAUUUGAAGAACAAGUCAGUGACGCCUCCAAGCGACGAGAGAGAUGAUGAAAUGCCAAUCACCCCUCCGCAUCCCAUCACCAAGCGAGUGAGGCGCGGCGCUGUCAGUGCCGAGGUCUAUAAAGAAGAAGAUGCAGCCCAGUAUGUCAAAAAGGUUGUUCCCAAGGACUACAAAACCAUGGCUGCCUUGUCCAAAGCCAUAUCAAAGAAUGUUCUCUUCUCCCAUCUUGAUGACAAUGAACGCAGUGACAUUUUUGAUGCAAUGUUCCAAGUACAUCGGCAUGCCGGAGAGACAAUUAUACAGCAAGGUGAUGAGGGAGACAACUUUUAUGUGAUAGAUCAAGGAGAAGUUGAUGUUUACGUGAAUAACGAACAUGUAUCGACAAUUGGCGAGGGAGGGAGUUUUGGUGAGCUGGCUCUUAUCUAUGGGACUCCCAGGGCAGCCACAGUUAAGGCAAAGUGCGAUGUCAAAUUAUGGGGAAUAGACAGAGACAGUUACAGAAGAAUUCUUAUGGGCAGCACAAUCAGAAAGCGAAAAAUGUAUGAAGAAUUCCUUGCUAAGGUCUCCAUCCUGGAAAACCUGGACAAGUGGGAGAGACUGACGGUGGCCGACUCACUGGAACCUGUUCAGUUUGAGGAUGGAGAGGAGAUCGUCAGACAAGGAGAUGCUGGGGAUGAUUUCUUUAUUAUAUUAGAGGGUUCAGCCGCCGUUCUUCAGCGGCGAGCAGAAAAUGAAGAAGCAGUAGAGGUUGGACGACUAGCGGUAUCUGACUACUUUGGUGAGAUAGCACUGCUGCUAGACCGUCCUCGAGCUGCAACCGUCGUGGCUCGCGGGCCACUCAAAUGUGUCAAACUAGACCGCUCUCGAUUCGAGCGAGUUCUGGGUCCCUGCUCAGAAAUCCUCAAGAGAAACAUCUCACAGUACAAUAGCUUUGUAUCCCUGUCUGUGUGAAUGGAAAACAAAUAAAACAAACACACAGAGAACUGCCACACGAGAACGUCACGUGGCAACCACUAACAACACGAGGGAGAUGCCACCGCUGACACAACAAAAUGGUUUCCUGCAUAGUCAAAAUUUCUUCUCUUGUGUAGGUUUUUUUUUUUUUUUUUUUAAUGUGUAAAGACUGUCAUACUAACCUAAACAAGGCAUAACGGAUGAAGUAGAAGACGAAUAUAUAUGUUUGGCCUGUGCUCAAUUCUAGGAACGCGUUGGAUUAAUAAAAAGUUGAUGGGGGCUAGGAAUAGUAUCAGUGACAACAUACUUGGAAAUAAAACUGACAAAAACUGGUUCAUGAUUUUUCUAUUUACAGGAGUAAAUUUUAUUCCACACACCUUCAGUCUGGUUCGUUUCUUGGAGAAGAAACGAGAAAGGUAUUACUCCCAACAAACUGGACUAGUAUAUAGGUACUACAAAAAAUUAGCAAUGCAUAUAAAAUGAACAAUGCUGAACCUUUUGCUUUCAAAUUUGGUACCAAGUUUGUGCUGUGGUAAUUUACAUUGUAAUACGAUGUCUAGUGUGUUUCAAGAACGUAAAUGAGAGGAAAACAUCAAAGUUGAACUGAUUUUAUAAACACAGUUCUAGCAAACGGUGCCUAUCAUUAAAUAGUUUAGUCAGUUUAGUCAUUUCUUUUAACUUGCUACCGACUUCCACACUUAGAAAUGAAAAAAAAUUCCCAUUUUGUAAAAUGUUUUUUUUAGUCAGACCGCAGUAUUUUUGUCUUGAGAUAAAUGCAGGCCAAAUCUUUUGUGGGUGAUAUUUCGUUCGAACCCGAGUUUCAGCAUGUUGAUAUUGUAAGUGGGCAUUGUUGUGUGAUAUGUUAUAUAGGAGUGAUUACUAUUAACAGAACUUGUUGCCUCCAUCUUUAAAAAACCCAAUACCAUGUUAGCAAUACCUGUUAGAUGUACAAAACCCAAUAAAUGCUGUAUGUAGCAAUACUUCACUGAAUUUUUCUUUUUAUUUGCUUAGUUGCGGUCCUUUCUUGCCAGUGGAGUUGUUAUAUACAUAUAUAUAUAUAUUUAUAUAUGAUAAAAUCUUUAAGAAAAUGUUUAGUGCACAAACAUCAUCAGUGGAAUGAUGAGCUAUUUGCUAUAUUUUCAGUCUGUUUCAUUUCAUUUUGGAUUAAUUUUUGGAGGUUUUUAAAAGCAGAAAUACAUCUGAUUUAGAACGGUAUUAUUUAACUCUCAUUGUUUCUAUAACCAGUUUACAAGUGUUGGAUUACAAAGUAAUUUAUUAUUAGAUUUUGUUAAGUUAAAGUGACGGACCCUAGUUUUUAAACACUACUGCAUAGUUUUCACUAUUGGAGCAGUUUUUGAUAAUUGAAACCAGAGAUUAUUUAGAUUUUCAAAGUAUUGCUAGUCAUCCUGGUGUUUCUAAUAUCACGAAAUGUAUUUUUCAUAUUUUUAAAAACACACAUACCUCUGAGAAAUAACAGUCAUGGAGAUUAGUUCGUCUACUUUUUAAGGGUAUUUUCCUGUUUGAUUGUCACAGACUCGUGGUUCACUCUAUUGUCACUUUAUCCAGCUGAGUGACAGGUUUGUAGAUUAAUCAAGCUUAGUGUUCAUUGUCAAGAGUUAAACCUAGGGUCUGUGAUUUUAAAAACACUUUUACAUGUGUUGUAUAUUUUAGUUAGAAAUCCAUGAAUGAUUAGAUAUGAAAUGGAAUGGACUACUUGUAAAACCUUCUGUUAAAGGAUGAUAUAAAGUCGCAGUAUCAAAAAUUAUUUAAAAGCAAAAUGGUUACGGAAAAUGACUGUUGUUUUUCUUUGGGUUCAAAUAUGACAAUGAUUAUGCUAGGUUCACACUGUCAACUGCCGCAACAAAGUUGGUCAACUCAACAGUUACAUUAUAAUUUCCCCAACUCCCAACUUACGACGGGUGUGCUCAGAUUAACAACUAAUGGGUUAGACGACAAGAAUCAAGUGGUAAGACUAGUAACUGGACAGUCGUAAAAGUUGUGACGGCAGAAAGUUGGCCAACUUUUUGCUGGCAGUUGAUAGUCUUUACCUAGCAUAAAGUUUUAAUUUACAAAAAAACAAAUAUGUAUGCUUGUAUAAUUAUGCUCAAGAAAUUUAAGCUAAAAACUACUGUGCAUGAUAAACCGAUUCCCUGAUCUCAGAUUUAAUGUUGAUUACUUUGAGGUCAUCGUAAAAUUUUGGGGGUGAUAGUUGUUGAUUAAUGUCACCAGACAACUUGUACUGUGUGUUCUGUCAGUAUUGUUUUGUUUGUACUUCCAUUUUGUACAGUUUGUAUUUCAUAAUCUUCACAACAUAAAUUGUCUUUAUAUACUCGAGGUUGAAAUAAAUAACUGAAAAUUAAUUUUAAAUAAAACAUGUAAUCAUGUUCACAAUGCAUUUGUACAUGCUAAUCUUGUUAGGAACUUUGUCAAUGACAACUAAGACAAAAUGCGCUUAGUAUUUCUUUUUCUGUUGGGAGUAUGAUAUGUCUGUUCAGAUUGUAUACAGGGGUGGGGAAAAGCCUUUUUUCCCCAGUCUGGGACUGAUUCUCAAUCUCUGAGAUCGAAAUUAUUAUUUUUUAAAUGUGUUUGCCGGUCCCACUUUUGUCAUUCUUGUCGGUCCGAAGCACCUGUCCAUUUCUAGUUAAAAAAUAAUUGUCUACCAUCUCAAAAGACAAAUCACUGUAGAGCUAAAACUGUGUUUCAGAUAUUUUCCUCAGCUGAAUGGAUGUUCAAGAUGUAAUGCAUCUGAAUACAGAGCCCUGUUUUACGAAGCUACCUUAGCGCUAAAAUCACCUUACGUUACCAAGUGCUAUUAUCGAACUUAGUGAAAGUAAGGUGAUUUUUAGCAACAAGAUUACUUCGUAAAAAAAAAAAAAAAUUAGACCACAUCCCUCAUUUCUAAAAGUUUGGUUUAUAUUAUUUCCUAACAGCUUUUUGUAGAUGAAACUUAGUAGAAUACAUUUGUGACAGCCAGGGUCAUUGACUUUAGUUAAUAAUUUUCCCGACAGUUUUUCACUUUUUAUUAUGUAUUAUUUAACCAGUAUGCAUCCCACUUGGCAGUUUUCAUGGAUAUUUUCCCAAUCUAGAUGCAUGUAAUGUGGGUCACAUGCCCAUUAACCAUAAUCCUUGAUGUUUUGUCAUUGUUUUGAUGAUUUGUGUAUUUGGUAGUCAUCUCCCUUUUUUGUACAUUUUACCCCUUGAUGCAUGUAACUCCUCAGACAGUUUUUGAUGAAUAUUUUACAGACCUGCCACAUGCGAUGCUUGUAAACCAGAUUUCUUUAACAAUACCAGAUGUAAUGUACUGUGCUUGACCUCUUAGAUAACCAGAGAAAUAUUUUUAUUUAGUUGUUCCUAGAGAAAUAUCUUUAGUUAGCGACAUUCGUCACAAAAACCAGGGCCAUAGUUAGGAUUUUUUGUUGGGGGGGGGGGCGGGCAACCGAGUAGUUAAUAGUCUAAGACUCCUUAAACGGUUAAGAAGAGAAUUUUAUAUAAUUUUUUUCUGGGGUGGCAACUACUACCGCACCCCCCUCCCCGCUAGCUACGGCCCUGAAAACAGUUGGUAAAAAUAAACUUUAAUGCAUAAUUUGAAAUAAUUCUUAUUUAAUUACUUUUCAACAAUUACACUAGUUUUUGUCAUUAAUCACUAAGCCAACGUUUUAGGAUUGGAAAAUAUAUCUGUAGUUUUCAGUUGAGUUGAUUUUUUUAAAAGGGACAAGUGACCAGUGUAUGUGAAAACAAAAACAAAGAACAACUCUUAUAUACACAGACAGGAGUACAGUAGAUCUGCCCCACAUACGCACAUCAUUUUUAACACUUCAGUAUGAGGGAAGUACUUGUACAUAUUAUACCAUCAUGAUAUUUCAGUAGAUAGUUACAGGUACAUAAUGUCUACUUUAAUGACCGUAUGUUUCAUUUAUUUUUAUCUGUAUAUAUAUAUAUAUAAAUUAUAUAUUACUUUGAAGUCUUUGUAGAUACAAUAUCUGUGCACUGUCAGUAGCUAGUCACUUUACAUUUCUUUUCACAUGUAAAACAGUGUUUGAUUUUGUGUUAUUGUUUUUUGAGGGGUUUUUAAAAAAAUGUUUGACAGUGAUAGUCAUUUUUGACUUGGGGUCUGUGCUGGUAAAAGUUUGAAGUCAAUGCUUUGAUAAAGUCUCGGCUCUGCAAAUAACCUGUAGUAAAUGUCUGGAGACUGCUGAAGUCUUGAGUUAAGACUUUUACAAGUUUUAUAAGCACAAACCCAGUUAUAUGUAAAGAAAUGAAGAGUUCAUUUCUGAAACGUGACAUACGCCAAUUUCCAAAUUAGCUAGGGGUCUAACUUCUAUAUAAGCAGGUACACAGCUGCGUAUCACCUGAGAUUACAAAUAUAUUUUUUUAAAUUAAAAUAUUUGAUGUAAAUGCAUGUAUGUAUGUAUGUACAACUCAACAAUACAACUACAGUUUCCUUCAACACAUUGAACAGGAUCUCAGAACUGUGCUUCGUUUGAUACAUGCUACAUCAUGUUGUAGCAAAAUCAUGUUUUUCUCAAAACGAUGUAGCAAAAUCAUGUUUUUCUUAAAACGAUGUCAGUGGAUGAUAUAUCAUGUUUUGAAAAUGAAUUCUUCAUAUACCGGGUAGUACAUCAGAUGUGUGCAACACCUGUAAAUAAUGACCAUAAAAGGGAAGUUGAUGUGGUGUUUUGGUAAAUACUAUCCAUGUAUGUAUGAAAAUCCUGACAGAAAUGAAGAUAUUUUAAUGGUUUUAAUGACAAUUAAUUGUUUUGAUCCUUUCUCAUAAAGAUUCAGUUGGUUGAACACACUCAAGUAACUUCCUGUCCAAGAAGCAACUCAUUUCAUACAAUCUGUUACAAAAUAACUGUUAUUAUAGAAAUAAAAUUACCCUUUAGUUCCUCUGAUGGAUACUGUAUUUUAAAUAUUUAGCACAUUUAUAGCACUGGAUUCAUUUUGUGGUUUUUCUAUAUAGCAAAAAAAAAUACCAUAAGGGCAAUUUACAGUCUGAAUACAGGAAUCUCAGAAAAAAUAAAAAAAAAUGGGUGGGGAUUAAAUUUUUGUAGUUUUUUUUAGGUAAGUCAUAUUGAAAAACACUUUCAGUUUGUACAUGUAUAAUAUUUAUUGUGGAGUUGUAUCUUAUUGAAUGACAUUUUGUAAAAUUACCAGGGUUUAGGGUUGUUUUUAUUUUUAUUUUAUUUUAUUUAUAUUUUUUGGUCAUCCUUUAACCACUGCUCAAAAAAGGUUAUUCACUUAAGACCAAAGUUUAUUUUCACUUUUUACGUUUUGGUUUAUAUUGUUAAUCUCCUGUAUAUUUUGUUAACACAUUUAACAUCAUUUAGAUUUUAAAGUAGUGCGAAAAAUAUAUAUAUCUGGUCAACUUUGUACCGUUUUAUUUUAAUACAGGGCUAGAUAAUGAUUUCACAGAUAAUUGUACCUGUACUUUAGUUCAGAUGGCUUUAGAAUUUAUAAAGGACCUGUUACGGUGGUGCAUGUACAUCUAACUUGAGAUGUCUCACCAGAUCUUGGGCAUUCUGGUUACUAACCUAGACAUUGUUUAGACAAAAUACAAGUUAAAACAUUCAACUUAUAUCAGUAUAUCUCAUUCGGUUUCAUCUUAUUGUUACACCUACGUACCACAACUGGUCAACUACCAAUACAUAUUUAACAUUUUUAUUAACAGUGUAUCUUAGGUUGUGUAUAUUUUGACUUCUGACCUUCUAAUAUGUAUAUGUGUCUGAAGAAAUAUUUAUUUAAUAAAAUAUUUUAUAGACCUAUGAUCCUCAACAUAAAAUAUCGACUCAAGCUCUGCAGGAUUUUUCCCCCCGAUGUUUUUUUUUUCUUCUUCUUCUUUCAAAUAUUCUUAGUAUUUUUACUAUUAUUUAUUUGUUUUUAAAUUUCCAUGACAAAUCAGGGCAAAGACUGCAGUAAAAUUGCAGUCUAGUACUGUAGUUACAAUUUCACUUCAGUUGUAAAAAGAUCUGGGGCCUAAUUAACUAAACUCUCGCAGUGCAAUGCUAAAUGACUUGCAAAGAGGAUGCUUUGUUGUCUAGCAGACUAAGAGACCUUUGUGAAUUAGGCCCCUGUUCGCUAAUUCAUGUCACAUUCCCUUAAAACCAAUCACUUUAAAUAUCUAGUAGCUGUGCUUUAAAACUCACCAUCCCUGAGCUGCGAUUUAAACGUAUUAUUGGCAUGCACCUGAAACGUGUUAGUAAUAGUACUAGUAAUGCUUUUUUGUUCAAUUCUUUUUUGAAACAUGCACUGUCCUGUAGGGCAUCAGAAUUGGGGAUUUUAUAGGUGACAAAUACAUGUAGUUUUCUUCAUUUGUGUAGAUUUUUCUCAACACCAUAUGGAGUAUAUGUAUGGCAAUGGGCAGAGGCACAUCCUCUAGUUGCAGCAUGCAGUACUAACAGUGCAUGUACUACUAACAUAGCUAGUUUUGUUUGAUAAAGAAACCCCAUUUAAUUAUGCUUGUAAUGUAUGUGGAAUUACAUGUGCUGUUACUUAGACAAAAAAAAAAACCUCAAAGGAUUUAACCAGUGUGAGAGAAAUCAGAAUUAAAAUGUAUUUAUUCCCUGUU